CACCUCCACCUCCAAGUCCAAGUGUUUAACCACCUCCCUCCACUUCAAUUCCUCAACUCAGUUCUUUCUUGCUUAGCAUAGAAGAAAAGAGCGAUUCCUCUCUCUCUCUCUAGCAAUCAGCAAUUAGCAAGCAAAGAUGGGUGGUGAUACGAUCACUCCUCCCCCUUCAAUUUCUGAGGAAGACUCGUCCUCUCUAGAGCAAGAGUUGUCAAACUCAGCAUCCCAAGCCCCUACUUUUUUCAGUUUGAAUGUGGGUCCUGGUUUUCAAUGGGUCAGGGAUGAUAUGAGCAUGAAAUUUGAGCAUGGUACUAUGAUAGAAAACGAUGGGAUGGGUUUUGGAGAAGUCAAUGAAGUAGGAAAUGGGUUUUCUUCAGCAGCUUUGGAUUUCGAAGCCAGUCAAAGGAGGAGACACAAUGCUUAUAGAGAAGUCUUGCAGAGUUAUGAUGAAUUGCAGAUUCGCAGUGAAAAUUUGAAAGAGGCAAAGAGCAAAAUCUUGAGCUAUACCCCUGGAGCAUGGAUGGAGAAGGUAGGUGGCAUGCAAUUGACUGAUUAUGAUGUGCCAAAGACAACCUCACUCAUAUUAAUUGGUCCAAAAGGAUCUGGAAAAAGCAGUCUUGUAAAUAGAAUCUCCAAGGUGUUUGAAGAAGACAAGUUUGCAUCAGAAAGAGCACAAGUAUCAUAUUCAUCUGUUGGGGAUGGGACCUACUUCCUUCAGGAAUAUAUGAUUCCAAAAAGCUCCACAUCAUUUUGUCUUUAUGACACACGCAGUUUAUCUGAUGAUCCAUCUAAUAAUGAUGAAAUAUUAAAGCUUUGGAUGACAAAGGGUGUUCGUCAUGGGGAUCCUGUUAUCAGGAAUUCUGAUAGUCCAAGUUUAAGAACCAGUAUGAAGUGCAAAGAUCGCUGGAAUCGUUUUCUUUCCAGUGAGAUCAGAAUGGUCAAUUUCGUCAUAUUUGUUGUUAAUGGAAUGUCAGUUCUGAAAUCAAUGGAUAGUAAUGAUGAUUCAGAGAACAAGUAUAGCCAGACACUUGCUAGAGCAUUUAGCUGUCCAUAUGUAUCAUUCAAAGAUGACAAGCCUGUUGUUGUUGUUACGCAUGGUGAUCUACUUUCACUUUCAGACCGUGCUCGCAUCCGUGUCCAUCUGGGAGAGUUGCUUGGUAUUCCCCCCGCAAAACAGAUUUUUGACAUUGCAGAAAGCUGUGAUCCAGUUACUGAGUUGACAAUAACUGACAUGUUAUGCUUUUGUCUGGAGCAUGCUGAUAAAAAUCUUCCUCGUAAGAGCUGGAUAACAAAAAAGGUUCCAACUGUACCUCUAUCUGCAUAUAUAUUGCUCUUAAUCACCCUGGGAAUCGUUAUCAUCUCAGCUUAUGUGCACCAUGCUCAUAUUCCUCAUGUCAAAGGAGCAAAGCCUCGUGCAAAACUUCACAAAGCUUCUCCUAAACUUGACAUAAAUUGGCAUAAAAUUAGGCACUUGUGGUUGGAAUAGAAUAUUGUAGUUUUUAUUUCAGAGUUUGAUUUCUAAGUACAUUGUUACACAAACAUGCAAGUGAGAACUUCCAUGUACAGUAUAAUAUAUAUACAAAUAAAGUAUGGUUUGGUUCAA